AUGGCUAGUAUGGAGAAUAAGACUGCAUCGGUAUCUGAGUUUAUCCUUGUGGGCUUCACCAGCAUCCGAUGGCUGCAGAUUCUCCUCUUCCUGCUACUUCUUAUCACGUACCUCCUGACCCUGGUGGGGAACAUCCUCAUCAUCUCCAUUACUUUGCUUGACCAUCGCCUCCAGACGCCCAUGUAUUUUUUCCUCAGAAAUUUCUCUCUCUUGGAAAUUGGUUUCACCUCUUCAUCUAUUCCAAAGGUUUUGUUCAACCUGGCUUCUGGCACCAACACAAUUUCGGUGGCUGGCUGCUUUGCACAAUCCUUUUUCUAUUUCAUUGUGGGCACCACCGAAUUCUUUCUCUUGGCUAUGAUGUCCUUUGACCGGUACGUUGCCAUCUGUAACCCCCUUCGCUAUAUGAUGAUCAUGAACAGUCGAUUCUGCACUCAGUUGGUGCUGGGUUCUUGGAUCUUCAGUUUCAUGUACCUUAUAGUCCCUCUUGUGUUAUUGUUUCGUUUGCCUUUCUGUGGUCCAAAUGUCAUCAAUCACUUCUUCUGCGACAACAUACCACUCGUCAAAUUGGCUUGCACAAACACCCAGUCUCUAGAACUGCUGGAUUUCUUCUUGGCCACAUUUAGUGUUUUGGGAACUUUAACUGUUACCAUCGUUUCCUAUGUUAAAAUCAUUUCAAGCAUUAUGCACAUCCCAUCCUCAGCAGGAAAGCAAAAAGCGUUCUCCACUUGUGCUUCCCACAUCACUGUGGUCUUCAUCACCUACGGGAGCUGCAUUUUCAUGUAUGUCAAGCCAGCAAAGAAUGGGAGUUUGGACCUCAGCAAGAUGGUGGGUGUUCUCAAUAAUGUUGUGUCUCCUUUGCUGAACCCAUUCAUCUAUAGCCUGAGGAACAAGCAGGUUAAAGAGGCCUUGAAGGAUGUAAUUGAGCAGAGAAGAAUGUUUUCUAGACUCUCCAAGUGA